UAUCAUGCUACUAAACGCAGACAUGCGUAUACGGCUUUGCGAAUUUGGAUUCAAGGUCAAUCUGAAGUUUUAGAGGAGGUAGGAGCCGGCAUCAAUACGAAAAAUGACUUCCUUGGCAAAAUUAAGCAUAACGUUUUGUCGAAAUGUAGCUUUUGGUACAAUUUCAAGAAGGAGUGGAACAUUACUGAAUAACAUUCGUCUAUCAUCAGCUGGUCCAAACCUUCAGUAUAUAACUGUGGAGAAGAAAGGUGAACAACAGAAUAUUGGACUGAUUACGCUGAAUAGACCUAAGGCUCUCAAUGCUUUGUGUAAUGCUCUCAUGAAAGAGGUUUCCGAAACCAUGGAUGAUUUGGAAGCUGAUGAUAGCAUUGGAGCCAUCAUUCUCACCGGCAGUGGGAAGGCAUUUGCUGCUGGUGCUGAUAUCAAGGAGAUGAAAGACCAGAAUUUUGCACAUGUCUUUCGAUCAAAUUUCCUUGCCCACUGGGACAGAAUUGCCUAUGCUUGCAAACCAGUUAUUGCUGCUGUCAAUGGUUAUGCUCUUGGAGGAGGAUGUGAAUUGGCUAUGAUGUGCGAUAUCAUUUAUGCCAGCGAAACAGCCAAGUUUGGCCAACCUGAGAUAAUCCUUGGAACAAUUCCAGGGGCUGGUGGCACUCAGAGGCUCACACGGAUUGUUGGAAAAUCUAAAGCAAUGGAGAUGGUGCUGACAGGAAUGCAGAUUACUGCUGAGGAAGCAGAGAAAUGGGGACUAGUUAGCAAAGUGAUUCCUCCUGACCAACUUCUCCCAGAAGCUAUUAAACUUGGAGAAAAAAUAGCAUCUUUAUCCAAACUGAGCGUCGCUAUGGCUAAAGAAGCUGUUGGUCAUGCAUAUGAAACUACACUGCAAGAGGGUCUGAAGAUCGAAAAAAGAAUGUUUCAUUCUACAUUUGCUACGGAUGACAGGAGGGAAGGUAUGACAGCUUUUGUUGACAAGAGGGCACCAAAAUUUACCGACAGUUAAUGAUGAUGAUUAUCAAACACUGUUAAACAGUCAGCCUUAUGAAAAGGACUUGUUGAAUGACAGCCAAGUUAUGCAUUUUAUGUUAAAGAUGAAUGUAAACUAAUCUGUCUUAAUUCGGUACAAAUUAUUAGUUAAAAAAGUAAAAUAAAGUUUUUGGUAAUAUUUUUAUAGCUA